AUGGCCAUGUUGCACUCUCCCUCGCCAACCUUCUCCGCCUCCAACUCGCCGAGCGCUCCCUUCCACACCCCGUCGCGGCCGUACAAUGCCUCGUGCCGCUCGUCCACCUCCAGCGCUGCCUCCCCGCGCGUCUUCACCCCUGCAGCUGCCGCGGCGCCUCCUUCGUCCCGGCGCAUAGAUGCCUCCCCAUCGCUGGUACCCACAACCUCCGCCUCUGUCCAACACGCCCGAUCACCGAUACCCAAGCGGCAGACCUCUGAUGCCGCAACCCAGUACACGCCCAACGACUACCCGCCUACGUUCCGCCCGACCCAGGGCAAGAGGCAGUCCAGCGCCAGCGCCGACCCACUACACCAGAGCCCGAGGGCAGCCAAGCGGAGGGAGACCUUCGCCGACGCCGCCGACGUAGCCACCACGGAAGGCCCUCAAGAGCCGCAGCCGCGGGUGACCCCGCAGCCUGCCACUGUCUCGAGCGCCGCCCAGCGCGACGGAGAGCAGCAGGAACACCAGCAAGAUGCGCUCCACCCAGACGCCAAAGUCAUGCCCGUCCGCUAUGAGACGUGCGAUGUCAAGGACCUGGGCGUUCUGAUCUCCGACAUGCUCAUGGAGCUGGUGCGGCUGAACGACGCCCUCCCGCUGCAGGACGGCCAACUGACGCGCUUCCACUCCCGUGCCCCGCCGAGCAUUUCCGUCCGCGAUUACCUCAACCGUCUCAUUGUACAUGCCACUCUCUCGCCGCCAAUUCUCCUUUCCAUGGUGUAUUACAUCGACCGGCUCUGCCUUCUCUAUCCUGCCUUCACCAUCAGCAGUCUGACCGUCCAUCGUUUCCUCAUCGCUGCCGCCACGGUAGCUUCCAAGGGCCUCAGCGACAGCUUCUGGACAAAUAAUACCUACGCAAGAGUAGGAGGCGUCAGCACGCGCGAACUGGCCCUGCUCGAGCUGGAGUUCCUUACGCGCCUGCAAUGGCGGAUCGUGCCAAAACCGGAGGUUCUGGUAGACUACUACAGGAGCCUGGUGGAGCGGGGCGAUGGCUACGUGAUGGCGCAAGAUCCAGAGGAUUCGGAGUGA